AUGUUGCUGGCACGCUCCUCUACCCAACCAGCUGCGUUGCAUUCUGGCCUUGCUGAUACGGGCGCGUCCAUGCGGGGUCCCAACUUGCGCGACAGCGAGCGCAGAGCCCUCUUUGAGCGAAUGCUAGAGAUCAGUUCGCGUGGCGUGCUUCCUCGAGGAGCUAUAGUCAACCUUGCUCGUGAGAUUGGACGUGAUCGUGCCACUAUCACGCGUGUAUGGAAGCGAGGACUGGAGACCCGCAAGGACGGCGACGGCGCAGCAAAUGUAGCGUCAAAGAUUCGAGUGGACGCAAAGUUCAGCGGGAGCGUAGCGACAUUGAGGCGGCUAUCCGUGCUGUACCGCACGCACGACGGAGAACUCUGCGCUCAGUUGCAGCAAGUGUGGUUAUCCCACUGA